CUAGGAGUACCAGGCCCUUGCAACCUUCAUGUGGCACUUCCUAUGUUAUAUCUGCAAGGAAUACACAGAAGAUCUGGCCAAAAUCACUGAAAGUUUCUUACAAGCAGCAAAUGUCACCCUUACAGUGAUUGAACAGUCAUCCUACCAUCAUAUUGAGCCUUUUUUGAAACUGAUUGGGUAUUCUCAUGAAAUCUUUGUUGAUCGUGAGAUAGAAAUUUGUAAAAGAUUAGGAAUGAAAAGAGGUGAAGAAAUUGCCUCGUCAGAACAGAGCUCUCACAUAAAGUCAAAUCUACUCUCAGACAGCCUUCAGAGCCUGUGGCAGGCAGUGACUAACCCUCACUUUGAUUUUCAAGGAGACCCAGCUCAGCAAGGCAGAACCCUCAUUUUAGAUUUAGGCAAUAACACCCCUAUACACUGCAAUAGGAAUAGCUUGGACCACAAACCCAUAAACUCUGUUUUACAGCUUGCAGGAGUUCAGCAAGUGAACUUUACAAGCAGACCUUCAGUUAUUCGUGUGUGACAACACAGAAUCUAUCACUUUCAAAUGGACCCUCAGGAAUGUGA